AUGGAUAAUCAAGACUGUAUAGGACUGGUAAUUGAAGUUCCUAACAUAGGUAGAGGGCAAAUACGGUACAUUGGCUCAGUAGAAACAAAGAAAGGAACAUUUGUUGGUAUCAAUUUGUUUGCUGGCAAUGGAAAAAACGAUGGAACUUUCAGAGGCAGACGGUAUUUUGAGACUUCUUUCCCUCAAAGUGGACUUUUUAUCCAAUGGGAAAAGAUCGCCAACUUGAUCCCAAUACCUUCUAACCCUGAGGCAAAUAUGACCAUACCACCUGCAUCACCUACUCCCGUAAGGAUUAACGCAAAUUUUUUAGGGUAUCAUGAACCUCUUCAAAACAGUUUUCCUGAAAUCAAGUCGCGAACUAGUAUUUCAAAUGUCAUUCAACCGAAUGACGAUCCGAUGCAAACUACUUCCUCGGACUUAAAAAUGUUACAAACAGAGCUAGUUCAAUACAAAAGACUAGUAGAGGAUCAACGAAUUGUAUUCGAGGAGAUCCAAGCUGCAAUUGAUGAAUAUGAGACUAAGUUGGAUACCACAGAAAAGGAGAAAGUUCUACUUCAAAACCAACUCGACCAUGAAAGAACGUCCCAUCAGCGCCAAAAGCAGUUUUAUGAAAGUGAACAUGAUCAGCUUUUGACUGUGAUAGACGAGCUCCAAUCUGAGAUAAACCGGAAUGCUGCCAUAUUAGCCGAGAUUAUGCAGAAGGAAAAGAAAAAUUCCCUUGAAAAUGAUUAUGUUAUGCAAGAUGAACCGAACAGUGAUGCCCUUUUAAUUAACGAUUUAAGGGAACAGAUACUAGAACUACAGCAACACAAGACUCAAGCUGAAUUGCAUAGGGUCCAAUGGGAGAAAGAGAAGGAGCAACUGCAAUUCCGUAACCAGUCGUUAUCAAAAGAAUAUAAAAAUUUGACUACUGAGAUGACAGAGUAUCAACAGAAAUCCCAUGAUACAGAGACAAAAGAGUAUACUCUCAACAAGGAAUUAGACGAUGCAAGGAAAAAAAUUGGGGAGCUCGAAUCCCGAGUCGAAGAAUUAUCCAAAAAACAGGAAGAAAAUACACUUAUUGUGGACAGUAACAUUGAAACCUUGCCGUUAUACAAUCCAGGUGCCGAAGUAAAGUCAACUUUAGUGAAUGCAGCUGCAGGGCGCUCGUUGUGGUGUGCUCUUUGCGAAAAAGACGGUCAUGAAUCAGUAGAUUGCCCAUACGACGACAAAUUCUUUUAG